AUUUUGGCCAAACUCUCAGAGGAGCCAGAACGCGUCUUGCGCGCGGUUUCGUGGCUGGAUGCUGCAGUCAUUCCCUAACGACUGCUUUGGUCAUUGGUUGAUGAGUUGUGCCCCCCAAGCUGCGACGAAUGGCAGCAGCGCCAAGCAGUCGGACAUUUGCAGCAGUGCUCACUGCUUUCUCACAUGCAUGGGGACUCUGCUGAUUGCAAGGACUUUACGGUCCACCGAGUUGUUCAACACUUCAUGAAGGCUCGGAUGACAGAAGAAGAGCGCGUUCACGCAGCGCGCACGGUGGCUGUGGUUCUCAGCAAGCUGCUGAAGCGAAGCCUCCAUGAAAGGCCAGAUGUUGUGAAGUUCAAUCGGCAGCUUUUGCCUCAUCUUUGUGCACUCUUUCCAGAUGCUGAAGUCUCGAUGGACUCUGAAGCAGCCAAGUGUGCUGCAGAAAAUCCCUUAGUAUUUGGGCGAUUGCUUUGUUGCGCUGCCGACUUCUAUCUUCACGAGCAGAGAGACAGGCAAAGUGCAAAACGUGUUUUGGAUCUCGCAGAACAGCUUCUGCGUCUUGAUCCAGGAGAGUACGGUCUCGCUACCAAGAUGAUUUCCCGAUGUGGGAGCAGGUGCCGCAACAGCUUUCUGUCUACGUUGUCUACAUCUGACAAAGGAGCCUGGCGUGCUAGCUCGGACAUGCUUGACGUGGCUAUUCGAUUGAAAGUGCUCCGCGCUUUCUACUCUGAAGUCUUGGAGAACAACUUGGAAGAGGCAGCAGAGCACCUAGCUGCAGCCCAACGGCUUUGCCCGAUUGAUUCCACGCUUCAAGCAGACUUGCUGCACCUGGCCGGCAAUCUAGAACGAAGGCACGGCCGAUACGAAAAAGCUCUUCGCUUCAUGAAAGAUGCACUGGAGCUCAAAAAGCUCCACGCGCAUAUUUUCAAUGAAGCUUCAGUGGCCUACUCGCAGCAUGGCUUGGCAAAUUUGUAUUCGGUCAUGCAGGAGCAAGAGAAGGCUCGUGCAGAGAUUCAAGAUGCCAUUUGCAAGAAGGAGAAGUUCUAUGGCAACCAGAACCAUCUGGAUGUGGCCCGAAGUCAAACAAGAUAUGCCUUAAUUCUCGGGCCCACAGAGCAGGCAGUGCAAAUACUUGAAGACGCACUUGUUGUCUACAAGGAGUUCCUUAAUGAUGAUCAAUACGAGGUGGCUCAAGUCAAGGGAAUCCACCGCGACUACAAGCAGAUUUUGAAUGAUGGUCACUGCCAAUAUCGCCAAAAGGCUACCAAGCUACAAGCGUUGCCAAUUGCUCCCUUGAACGCCCCAUCCUGGCAACGCGUCCUCCUGAGCAGCUCCGUUUAUCCCCGACAGAUUGGUGGGCCAGAAGGCCGAUACUAUGCAACUGUGGGUGAUGCGGCGCCAGGAAAGAAUGUUCAGAUCUUGAAGGGAUGGCGCGACUGGCACAAAGACACGAUGAAACGAACAGGCCCGGCGAUGUGGUUGAGUGCAUGGAAGAGGCACUGCGACAGCGGGGAAGAGCCGGAGUGGAAGAUGCAAGGGCUGCUGCAGCUGCGAAAAGAAGAUAGGAAGGAAGCAAGUCUGAGGGCUGAACACCAGACUCCUUGUCAGGAUGAGCAGGAGGCUACACCAGAAGUCGCCAUUAGGUUUCAGGGAGCGUGCUCACACGUGAUCAGGUUGGAAUACCCCAAGCCCGGAGAUCUUUCUGAACAGGUGGGCGGCAAGCUCUUUGACAUCUUCCGUACCAAUAUGGACUUCGACCUGGACCUGCCUGUUUGUCAGAACGAGGAUGGCGGUUCCCACGACCGGUUGCAAAGAGAGUUCUGCUAUCUUCGGAAAGGCGCUUCCCCCAUGGCCCGUGUGAAAUUGCCUGUCGCUGAGCAGGCCACACCUGGCAGCUGUGACCUCUUGCUUCUCCAUGGGCUGCGAAUGCAUGCUGACAAGCUUGAAGAUUCGCUGGAACCCUUUGAGGUGUUCAAGUCUUGUGAGCGGCUGAUUGUGGACUUGGGUCAUUCCCUUGACUUGAAUUAUGUCCAAGACCUUUGCACUUGCUUGGCAUUUUCAUCAUGACCUUUGGCCAGCUCUCCGGUUCAAAAGCUUGCCCAAUGUGGGUGGGCUAUGUGCUGCGAAGCUUUUUGCUAGCCUAUGGUCGACCGACUGCACAGUCGUACUGCUGGAUGAUGCAGUGAGUGAUUCUGCGGCGCGAUCAAGUCCGUUCGUGUCAUGUAAAUUGCUCCCCGCCAAACGGCAGUACUUUUGCAACUUGCCGGUGUGACAGCCUCACCGGCGUUGCUUGGUUUACAGUUUCUAUCUUUUACAGAUUGCUGGGAUGGUUGGAGACUAUCCCUUUGUUCCGUAUCUUCCAGGAGGUUGAUGCAGAUUAUGCCCAGCCACCGGUGUGCCGACCGCAUGACCCAACAGCAAACAAU